AUGAAACAACUUUGUCAAAACAGUGAUAUAAUAGUGACAGCGGCAUGAUAGGACAGAUUCAACAACUUGUCAACGCGAGCUAGAGGUCGAGACGUGUCUGAUAAGAUACAGAGAGCAAGAUACAGGUCGAAGGCUCACAUACGUGCCCGGGACUGCAUGUCUACAGUUUGAGUCUUCAUCCGAGCACGCAAUUAUAAUGGGUAUACGUCUGCUUGGCGUGCUUUUGCUGACGUGGUGUGGUGUGAAGAGUGCACAGGUCAUCAGUGACAACGAUCUGUCGACGAUAGCCACAACAUUAUGGAACAGUGACAGCAACGCAGCCAUUGAAGACAGAGACUUCAGAUUAAACCUUCAGAGAAAGAUCACCAGCUACAACAGCCGUACUGACCUUGCAAGCAGCAAGCUAUUUUCAUCUCUUGAUGAAAAGAAACUUUUUGCCAAGCCAACGUAUGCCAAGUUCAUCGCCUUGUUAAACAACUACAUAGCACAGACUGGCAGAACAGAGUCCGUUUCUUCCACUGAGCAACGGGAAAAUGAAGCGUUCCUAGACGAAGUGCUCAAAACCACAGUUAUGCAGGAGGCAUGGAAGUUUUUGCAAACAAAGGGAUAUAGUAGUUCCAGUGCUACAGGCUUCAAGGGUCAACUACGUAGCAUCUGGUUCACGGCCUACUCCCGGGCCCAGGGAAGGCAGGACACUAGUGGGUUUGAGCACGUGUUUGUGGGAGAGAUAAAAAACAACGCUGUAACGGGACUUCACAACUGGAUCCAGUUUUACCUGCAGGAGAAAGCAGGCCAGCUUAAUUACUACGGAUAUUUUGUUCAAAGACAGCUGGAGCAGAUCAAACUCCAGUACAAAUGGCUUAAUACGAUGAAGGCAGCUGGCAGUAUGUUUGUGGGCACUAGUCCAGAGUUCGAGAUUGCCUUGUACACCGUGUGCUUCCUCACCCGGCCAGACCAGCCCUGCGAGAUGAGAAUCAACGGCAACUAUCUGAGAGUUAUAACCUAUGACGUGUCAUACAUAACCAAUAAGAAAAUUCUGGCUUCUGCUUAUCCAGACACAUAAACACUGGAGAAUGUUUUAAUGUUCAGAUGGCUUUGUCACUAGUAAAAUCUCAACAUACCCAACUGCAUCAGUGUUUUGAUGGAUAUACUUCAAACUUCCACAAAGGUUAAGCCUUAUCCUGUUUAUGAAAUAAGUAAAAAGUUUCAGAUAUAAUUUUGAACCAAUUUCUUGAUCUUCAAAUUGAAAUAGUAAAAGCCCAGUGAAUAUCACAUACUGGUCUG